GAAAGAGAGGAAAUUUGCUUCAUGGCCUUUUUUCUCCCGUAUGCAAUAUUUUAAUAUUUCCAGAAUUAUUAUUACAUCUCACAUGUGGCUUCUCUGUCGCCUCACUAUCGGUCCCACUUCCUUUCUUUCCCCACAUACACGAGUCGUAUCUCACGAGGCAGAUUUUGCGCGCGCGGUUUCAUAUUAAUGUUCCUCUUUCUGCACAUGUACUUCCCUCGCAUGGAGAAACGAAAUGGCUAUUGUUGAGAAUUAUACUGCAAACGGGUGGAUGACUGCAAAAUUCAGAGGAAGCUCCUUAGUUCACUUGCGACUGUUUCGGCGUCUUGAGUUCACCGUGGGUGCUCUUUUGUGACCGCCAGAGCGAAGCAUCUUGUCUAAGACUGUUGCUUCCUCCCUUGCUCUAAAUGCAUCACUAGUGGGAGAAAUAUGGAUGACAUACUGAUUGUUACGUCGCGCCAGAGCGAACCGGCGAUCCUGUGGGCCAACUAUCUCAAGACUCGCUUCGACAAGAUCACCAAGCAACGAGGACGCAUCGCAUUCAAUUUUCUCCAUGUCAAGAUAGAGGAUGGAAAUCUGUCAGCGGACAUCGUUAGCAGAUGCUUAUCGACAAAGCUACAAAUUGUCAUAAUUUGCCCAUCACUCUUGGCAUUGCCACACUCCCAAUUAAUGACUCAGCUGUCGGCGAUACUCCGUCCCGAGAAGGUUCUGGGACUGCUGCUGGAGAUUGACGAGCUGCGAGUCCUGGACAUUCAUCGCCAGGCUCUGCCCAACUUCAAGCAGUGGCGCAGGUGUGUCGUGCGCAGCAAAGAUCAGUCCUUCGUGGGAAAUGUCUUGGGCAUUGCAACGGAUAUUCUGGGUCCGGCUCUUCGAGAUCAACCACUCAGUAACUCAGUCACCUCAUCUCUGGCUCCUCAAUCCACCCACGAUGCUUUCACAGUGCUGCCGAGGAAGCUGCGAAUGUCCCAGAAUAAGGUUGUUGCCUUACUGACUGAGCCACUCAAGCUCGAAGACAACGUGGUUGUGAAGAUUGAGAAGACAGGAGAAAUGCUCGAAGUUCCAGGAGUGAAAAGACGAAAUCCGUACACUCUUCAAUUCAGCGUUCCCGAAUCUUGCAUGGAAGUCUCCAUGAUGAUUGAAAUUCACAUCGAGAAGAAUGGCAACGAAUUGGGAAGUCGACCUAUUAAGUGUGAAAGUCGUUUGAGGGAAAUGGAACAGAUCCUGAAGGCUCAAGAUUCUCCGCUUGAAUUCAUUUGUCAGUCUUUGGGAAUUUCCUCCGUUGAUCGAGAACGUCUGGAUGGAAGUCUGCUGCAAGCAUUCCAGAAGAACAUACCGCCGAAUUUUCACCUUCUCGCUGGAGAUCACAAAGGAGGAUUUCUGGCCAAUCGCGAGAGCAGUCCCGAAGAGUAUCCUACGUUGCUCCACUUCGCUGCUAAGUGGGGUCUUGAGAAGCUCUCAAUGCAACUUCUGGACUGUCCAGGAGGUGACGUGGCAACAUCUGUACGAAAUGUAAACGGAAAAACUCCUCUUGAUUUGGCAGAGCUCGAAGGACACGUCAAACUAAUUGAUAUCCUGAAAAACUUCACUCAGAUGCACGAGUUCACGACGAUGUAUCACUACUUCAAAGGCAUCAGUGACUCAACCAGCAACAAAGUAAUUGUGGAUUUGAAGAGUGAGAUUAAAGCAUCAAGACCACCCUCAACAACGCCCAAGAAGGCAGAGGAAACCUCAACGAAGGUGCCAGAGUACAUGGAAAUGACAGGCAGCAGCAGUUCGAGCGAUCACGGAUCCUACGGUCCAGUCAAUGCAGUCACGAAUCUCAAUUACAUCAACGUUGAGACCAAGUCAAACUGUGGCGAGGAUGUUUGUGACGGAUUUUCCGGAAUAAGGAUUUCAGAAGAUGAAGUGAUGACAAAUGAACUGAGGAUCAACGAACCUGCCUAUUAUGAGUCCAAAGAUUGCAACAAGACGGACGAUUUCAGCCAGGAGUGUUCCAAUCUGCUGGAAGAGGCCGUGAGCGAUGGUCCAUUGUCGGAUUACCUCGUCCAGCCCUCUAAUCGUCCGGUGACGCUUCAGCAGCAGGACUUUCCGAACUAUCUCACGCAUCCCUCAAACAGACCCGUUGAACCAAGCUAUGUGAACGACACUAUCAUCUCGCCUAUUGCUAAGAUGUCUCCGAGCACACACGAUUCUCACAUGAGAUUCACAUUCAAGCGUCGUGAUGAUGGAAGCAGGUCGGGCACACUGAAAAGACAAGGAAGUGAUACGUCGAAAGUGAGCGUGGACGAUGAACUACUUGAGAUCAUCAAUGAUUUCAAGAACAAUGUAUUCACAAUUACAGAGGUGGAACAGUUGGUGUCCACUUGGCAGAAUCGCAAUGAUGUUCAGCAGAGUUUUAAGGAUAAGCAGCAGCAGCUGCAAGAGAUGCGAGAUGAGUACGAGAGGAUCCAAAGUCGCAUGGAGAAAGACAUGAAGAGACCAACGCCAUUCGAGAGAUUCAAACGCCUGUUCACUAGAAGCAAAAGUCAUGAGAAGUGUGAACGGGAAGUUUCCGGGGGAUCCAAUAGCCAAAGACCAAUAAGUAGUCUGAGUUUGCAGAGUGUCUCGAGUUCCUCGUCGUCAGGAAGGAUGAGUACUGGAAGUGUUUGCAGUGGCACAAGCUUGGGAGACAGCGGAACUCACUCAGAUCAUGAAGAUCGUCGACAGAUGUACAAUUGCCGGGUUGGAGUUCCUGGAAGCCUCAUGGAAAACUACUCAGUGCCUCCAGCUCCAAGAGUGGUUUCUCAACCACCGACUGACCAUCACUAUGUACUCUUUCCAUCAAACGUGCCAGUCUACGGAUCUUCUGCUGCAGUGUCUCCAACAAUCAAUCAUGACUAUUUGAACUUCAAUGGACUCAACACGAUUGAAGAGGCCAAAGAAACGGAUUUUCCCGUAACAGUUCAGCCCAUCAAAAUCCAGAGAAGUGACACUUUGUACAGCAAGAAUAAGAGAGACUCUGGCGAUUUGUGUACCUCCUUCAAAGCCACAACUCCGCCAGUGAUCAAUGACGAAACUUCUCCAGACUCUGACAAGAAUGCCAAAGACACGUCAAUAAGCAAUUCCGACGUCGCCUUCUCGGAACUUGAUCUCCAAACUCAAGAAACAAUUCGCAACUUUAACAGGACCAUCAAAGAGUGCAACGAAGAUCUCCAUCAUGAGCAAACCGCCAAAGUUCCCGAAAACCAUCCAAAUCACGAUUACAUCAAUCUCCAGCUGAACACGGAACCCUGAGGACUUCAGAAAUUCAGCACGGUCCAAUGAGAUUUUUCUAGUAUAUUUAUUUUGCAAGCAUUUUAUUGACACAUUGUGCGAAAGAUUUUUCUAUUUUAUGGUAUAGAUUCGUGCCUUUUCAUACUCCAAAUAUUUGUACUAUUUUCUAUAUGAUUGAGAAAUAAAUGUUGUAUUAAAAGAUAAUGAAA